AUGUUUCAAAAGAUUCGGGAAUGGAUUUCUCUGAAAAACUACCAGUACCAGGUCACAACGGGAAUCUACAUGCUUGAGCCUUGGGAAAGAACAAUAUUCAGUAUCCUUUUAGGUGAAUUUUAUGAGAAAUGCACUUAGAUUUGGCAUUAUAAACACAUAAAAGUAUGCCUUAGGGGAGGCUGUUGCAACCUGCGCAAACAUAUAAGCCGACUCUGCCGAAAAAUCCCGGAGACCGCCAGAUUGAGGGCGAAAGGAUAAGGGGGGCGUCUAAGCCUUUCUGAAAUUUAGCUCCUAAAAUAUGAAAAAAGUGCAAAUGUUGAUGUAGUAUUUUAAAAAGUAUUUUCCGGUAAGUUGCUUAAAUUGCUAAAUCAACUGCGACGAUCAUGUCUUCAUUUAAAAUAUUGUAUAUUUCCUUGGUCACAUCUUUUUCAUUUCAUUUUCCAUUCCUUUCACUGGUAAACAGGGACUCAACAAAUUGGCCUGCUUCUAAUGUCCGGGCCUUCAUGGUAGAGGACGGCAGCUCUACUUUUAUUAAAAUGUAAACACCAUGGGUGCAAAUUCUAAAAUUCCUUUUGGGUUACUUUGUUAUUGCUUAAAAUGCUAAUCAAUGCGACGAUCAUGUCUUCAUUGAAAAAUUUGUAUCCUAAUUUCUGUUCAACCACAGCAAAAAUAAUUUGGAGACUUGGUUGCUUUGUACUAUACAGGCCAUUUCUGAGUUCUAAAAACUCUCAAUUACAAAAUGAGUGAAAAUGAGUUGUAUUUGGAUGACAUUGAAAAAAUCAGUUUCAUGUCAAUGGCUUUGCACUUAGCCUUGCAUUGAAACAGAGGCUUGGAGCAACUCUGAAAUGGCCUAGGGAGGUUGGGGUAGGUUGGCAAUGGUAGAGGGGUGGAUAGUGCAAAAGUCUCCAUUUUCAGAACUCUGGAAGUUGGCAUCACUGUGAUUAUCUAACAAGAAAAUAAUGUUUGUCUCACAAACACAAAACACAAAAUAUUUAUCAGUUAAAAUUAUAGACUACGAGUAGUCCGCCAUUUUUCCUCAGGGAUAGUAGAGCGUGCGAAACGCGAGCACGCGUGAAAAUCACCCCACGCAAGAAAAGGCAACACGCGGCGGGGAGAGAGAAAAAUGAGGGACUACAGACAAAGCCCAAGCUUUUGACCCUUCACGGCCGACUGAUUUUGGAGUGUGAAGUUCGUAUCUUCUUCCAAAUCAAUUAAGCACACCCAAUGGGAUUCCUUCCCUUAUUGAGCUGUCAUUGCUCUUGACAUCGGUAAACUGCAGGGGAUAUUUAUUGCAAGCAAAAGAAAACCCAGAUACUAAUUUUCUUCACGGCUGUUUGGCAUGAAGAACUUGAUAGUGUAGGCAACACACGACUUUUACUCAUGCCAAAAUGCUGCUUGUUCCAAUGAAUUUUUUUCUCUGACGGGUAGAUUAUGCUCUGGAGGACAACGUUUUGACUAGGCAAAUGUGAUUUUUGCCGCUUAUUUCAUACUGAGAGGUCGUGACACGCAUAUUAAUUUUCUGCGGUUAUUGUUUAUGGUCGGCAUGAUUUGCCCUCUGAUGCAAGAGCAUUUUCUUUGACCUAUUUUGAAAAGUAAAGCUCUUCAAUGCUGCUUAAUAAGGGUUUUGGGUUGUUUGAUUUCUCCGGCGAUUGCCUCCUGGAUCUGAAUAAUUUUAAGCCAUUUUCGUUUUGGCUGUGAAUGUGACGGUUUCCUGCAAUGUUUUGUCACGCUGGGCCCAGCUCGUUAGGAUAUCCAAAUCGCGAAGAAUGGAUUGCAGCUUAAACUAGAACUACGUUAACUAUGGAGAAUUGCGAUGUGACUCAGUCAUGACUGCUCAUGAAUUUUAACUGCCGCUUGCUUUUCUGGAGAUAAUGUGAGUCUUUGGACUGGAGCACGUAAACAAAACUUUUGAAUUAACUUAACAGCCUUGUGACUAUUCUGUUAUUCUCACUUUCUGAUCAAGCAAGACCGUGGUUUCGGUUCUCCACGCGAACCUUAUCAGUUGCCGGGUUGGCUUUGUGCUUAGUUGCUUCUACAAGAGCAACUCUAGUUAUUUGUUCUUUGCUGUUAUUUGUUCUACUCUAGUUAUUUGUUCUGUAAAUUGUGAUUAUGUUGAGUGUUGAUAGCGACUGGCGCGUUUUUGACAGAUGUUGACAGAUUUCCAUGGAAGAGCCAAUCAGAGUUUUGCGUUGUGAGAGCAACGCAUUAGUUCAAAAGCUUGGGCUUAGUCUGUAGUCCCUCAUUUUUCUCUCUCCCCGCCGCGUGUCGCCUUUUCUCGCGUGGGGUGAUUUUCACGCGCGCUCGCGUUUCGCUCGGUCUACUAUCCCUGAGGAAAAAUGGGGAACUACUCGUAGUCUAUUAAAAUUAAUGUCAAAUUUGAAUGUAGUCUGCUUCUUAUAGAAAGUAAAGCUUCUCCAACAGAAAUGUUGCUGAUGUUUUAGCAAAUUAUUUUGUGCUCCUUAACAUGCCUGUCACAGAUGCAACAUUGGUGACAAUUCUUGGGAUGUCUGUUUACUCAACAUAUGCUUAUUUGCCAGCAUAUAUUCACAAUGUCCUCGUCUACCUUGGUUACACUGCAGGAUAG